GCGGGUAAGGUAUUCUACAACUAUUAAUUUAAAGGAACUUCAUGUAUAAGGAUUUUACGUUACUAUUUCAUGAACUGACCACACAUAUUAUUUUGUCUGGGGACAGUGUUUAUUUUUUUUCUUUACAACUGACCACAGACAUUAUUUUGCGAAAGUUCGGGGACAGUGUUUAAUUUUUUACACCACGAAAUGGCAGAGCCUGAAUUAGCAAAAAUGCUAGCUCGUCGUCAGGCCAUCAAUGAGUACACCAUUAGUCCGGAAAACGAACGUGUUUGUUCGUUUAACCCUUACAAAGAAUUCGCAGAAUUCUCGAGAAAAGAAAUCAAAGAAUACGAAAAAAUGUUUAAAAAGUGAAUUUGACGUUGGUGGAGACAAUUACAUCGACUUUCAUGAUUUGAAGAGGAUGAUGGAGAAGCUAGGGUCACCGCAGACUCAUCUCGCUCUCAAAGACAUGAUCAGAGAAAUAGACGAAGAUCAGGAUAAUCGGAUCAACUUUCGUGAAUUUCUUCUGAUUUUUCGAAAAGCGAGAGCGGGAGAGUUAUCAGUCGACAGCGGCUUAUUAGAGUUUGCUCAUCUUGCCGAGAUAGAUGUCGAGAAAGUUGGCGUUGGUGGUGCUAAGACAUUUUUUGAAGCCCAGAUCGAAAAACAGAAGAGAAACAAAGUUUUCGAAGAAGAAAUUAAAGUAGAACGAGAAGAAAGAAGGCGGGGUGAGGAAGAAAGGAGACAGCGAAAAGCGGCAUUUCUGGAUAAAGCUCAAUUUUUCCAAGAGACUGCAGCGUAGCUAACACAUACUAGUGGAAGUGGCGUCAUCUACUGAGCUAAAAAUAAAAGCUUUUAUAAUCCCUCAAUACUCGUUCUAAAAAUGAUUUAAAAUAAUGAUUGAUUUUAGUACUGAUAAAUUAUAAUCAAAACAAAUUAUGACAUUAUGUUGAACAAGAUUUUAUAAU